AUGUUAAAAGGAACAAAAGUUUAAAGAUAAUUACUUAAAAUUAUGAUGAUUCCUUUUUUGAUUAUAUCAAAAGCUUAAUUGAAAAAUAGACCGUAAUAAUUAUUUAGAAAUAUAUAGAGCUCUUGAAUCCACUUUUAAUUCCAGUAGAAACUAUCAACAUUAACUAAUAAAUUCAGUGACCCAAGGCUAAUCUAUAUAAUUUACAGGAUAAAGGAUGAAAUGA